CUGUAAUUAUACAGACGGAGACACUGUCAGCUGUUUCAUUUCAACUUUAUAUCGAUUUUUCUCUUCAUCUAAGGAGAAUACAUUAAUAAAUUUAUUAAAUUUAGUUGAAUCCAUCUCGCUUAAUAAUUAUUGAUUUUUGAACAGUUUUUAUUAUCGGAUAAAUGGCGUCCGACACCUUAGUACCGAUUGAAUCAAACCCUGAAGUUAUGAAUAAGUUUUUGCAGAAACUAGGAGUUCCUUCUAACUGGAGUAUCGUGGAUGUAAUGGGCUUGGACCCUGAAAUGCUUUCUUGGGUUCCUCGUCCAGUCAUUUCCAUUAUGUUGCUAUUUCCAGUGUCAGCUGCCUAUGAAGAUCAUAAAAAAGAGGAAGAAAAUGAAAUAUUGGCAAAGGGUCAAGAAGUAUCCAGUGAUAUUUUUUACAUGAAACAAAAUGUUAGCAAUGCAUGUGGUACUGUGGCUCUGGUUCAUAGUGUUGCAAACAAUUGUGAUAAAAUUGAUCUUUCUGAUGGCCACAUGAAAAAGUUCCUUGAAGAAGCUAAAACAUUAGAUGCUGCAGCUCGAGGAACUCUAUUUGCAAAGACUCCAGGCAUAAUUGAUGCUCACAAAGAGUUGGCUCAAGAAGGUCAGACUAAUACUCCCAGUGCCGAGGACCCUGUGGAUCACCAUUUUAUAACAUUUGUACACAAAGAUGGGGCAUUAUAUGAAUUAGAUGGUAGAAAGGCUUUCCCUAUUAAUCAUGGACCAACAACUCCGGAUAAUCUGUUAGAAGAUGCUGCAAAAGUUUGUAAGGAAUUCAUGACUCGUGAUCCUAAUGAAGUUCGAUUCACAGUAAUGGCAUUCGCAGCAUCAGAAUAAUUUACUCUACAUGCUAAAAUACAAAUUACAACAAUGAUAAUACCAUUCAGCUAAAAUGAGCAUAUGCAUUUUGCUAUCUGCUUUUUGUGAGAUUUAUAAAAUUUGCAAUUCAAGCAAGCUUUUGUGAUAAUUAAAAUAAAUUAUUUAUUGAUC